CCUCCGCUCACCCUUCCUUUCCCGACAUUGUACCUUAUCCCUCAUCUCUUUUCUCCUUCCUCCCCUAACUUACUUCUUUUUUGCCGACCCUCCCACCCUUCUUCUACCCUGCCUUCCCUCUCUUCCCUCUCUUCCCUCUUCUUCUCUUCUUCCCUCCACAAUGAGCGCCCAAGAUCCCCUCUCCUCUACCAACCCAUCGUCAGUGACAAACAACACUCAAGAUGCCUCGGGACGACAGCCCUCCUCCGCCGCCGCCGGUUCCUCCGAACUCUCCAGUGCAAAGAUAAGCCUGCGCAAGUCGCUGCGCAGCUUCCCCGACUUCCCUAUCCCGGGAAUCAACUUUGUCGACAUUAUGCCUCUUUUCGCCGACCCAACUGCUCAUGCCACCCUUGUCGAGGCUCUCGAACUCCAGAUCGCCGAGGCUUUCCCUACCAAGCCUGAUGUUAUCGUUGGCCUCGACGCCCGUGGCUUCCUAUUCGGUCCUGGACUUGCGCUCCGUCUCGGCGUUCCUUUCGCUGCCGUUCGCAAGCAGGGCAAGCUUCCCGGUCCCUGCGUUACUGCUGAGUACAUCAAGGAGUACGGCAAGGAUCUUUUCCAAAUGCAGGAAGACGCUGUCCGCGAGGGCCAGAAGGUCCUGAUUGUGGACGAUAUCAUUGCCACCGGCGGUUCCGCAAAGGCUGCAGCUGAACUCGUCCAACAGCUUAAGGGCGAGGUCAUGGGAUACUUGUUCAUCCUUGAAAUCCCUGGACUCAACGGUCGUGAUAAGCUUGGUGCCCCUCCUACCAAGAUUCUCCUUGAAGACGCAUAGUUCGGUUGAUAUUGAGCUCCUCUUUCCCCGCUUUCAACAAUUAAACGAUAUUGGGCCAUAGAUGGACCUCAGUCAACUCGUUGUGAGCCACACGACGGCGCAUGUGGGGGAAUUCUGCUAGACCUGCAAAGUCAUAUUUUGCCCUGUUUGUUUUUGAACUUGAAUCAUAGGCGGUGGGUGUGGACGAGUUUUUACAGCAUUUCACUUAUUUGUUGAGUGAGAUUUAUACUGGUUGGCGUUUUGUGGAUGUCUUUUUCACGAUUCAACAACAGCAAAAGUCAUUUCGGGUUCACGCAUAUAGAUUGGGGGUUUAUGAGAACACUUUGGUAUAGCCAUAUAAAGAAAGAUGUCUACUAAUCAUGAUGCGAUGAUGGUCUUAUUUGCGUUUAUUGAUGACCUCGUUGCUAUGUUCAU